AUCUUCCGAUUAAAGUUCUUUGAAAACUUCAGGGAGAAGUCAAAAAUCUCCCAUGAUAUUCUCAGCGCUAUUUGAACGAAAUUAUCUAAGGUUUUGGAAGCAAAUCUCUCAAAAUCUUGAUAGAAUUAUCAAUGGAAAAGCACCCAAGCCCGACUCCAUGACUUAUAGCGUACAGACGAAAAUAUCUAGUAAUCGAUAUUGCAAGCAGCUCCGUAUCUAUUCCUGUCAAACACCGCGUUGAGAAUAGAAUGUGAAUUUGCGUUGCAAGUGAAGAUGAAAAAUUUGAUAUGUUUUUUAUGCCUAGUUUUACAAAUAACUUUUGUAAUAUCAAUAGAUACGCCUAUUAUUGGUAUUCUAUCUCUGGAGCCCUAUGCUAUCAAGAAAUUUUACCCUCAUCUUCACAUAAACAGUUACAUAGCAGCAUCAUAUGUGAAAUUCCUUGAGAGUGCUGGUGCUAGAAUUAUUCCUGUUUGGAUAGGACAGGAUCAACAGUAUUAUGAACGUGCAGUAAGGUAUACUAAUGGCAUCCUUUUCCCCGGAGGAGCAACGUAUUUCAAUGAGUCCAAAGGCUAUGCAGAAGCAGCACAAAUUAUUUUCGAUAUCGUCAAAAAGCUGAAUGAUAUGGGAGUGUAUUAUCCGCUUGUAGGUAUAUGUUUGGGAAUGCAAGUAUUGGCGUAUACUUCAAACGACAGCAAGGAUAUUCGAGUUAAUUGCAGUGCCAUGAAAAUAACCCUUCCAUUGGAAUUCGAAGAAGAUUUCAAAGAAAGCAGAAUCUUCAGAGAGAUACCAAACGACAUUUUGUCCGAUAUGAAGGAUAAAGACGUGACUUAUAAUUACCACGAGUAUUGCCUGACUCGUGAAGGUUUCGAAGAGAACAAUCUAACACAUAUUUGGAGGGUGGUUACUGAAAACGUGGAUAAAAAUGGAAAAAGAUUCAUAUCACUAAUGGAACACAAAAAAUAUCCAUUUUAUGGGUUUCAGUUCCAUCCAGAAAAAGUUAAGUUCGAAUUUAAAGAAUCUUUAAAAAUUCCACAUGACGUUUUCAGCGGUAGAGUGACGCAGUAUUUCGCAGACUUCUUCGUAGGAGAAUGUAGAAAAAACAAUAAUUCGUUUCCCGCUAAAGACAUUGAACAUAAAUCGCUGAUAUAUAAUUUUAACCCUGUAUUUGGUAGUUCAAAUUGUACCUAUUUUCAACUCUACUUAUUCACCGAAGUCGAUACAAAAGAUUACCAACUCACCUGAAUUUUAUCAUAGAAUAAUAUUUUGACCAGAAAGUGAAUCCCUGUUGGAAAAUAAAAAAUGUUUUUAAAAGA